UGCAGCCGAAGGGCGUUCGGGUGAUUUUCAUUUCAUUCGGCUGACACGAUCUUUUCUCGUUCUCUUGUGAGGUUAAGUGACUCCACGUUGAAAGCUUUGCCUCAAAAUGCAGAUUUUCGUGAAAACUCUCACGGGGAAGACCAUCACCCUUGAGGUCGAACCCUCGGAUACAAUUGAAAAUGUCAAGGCGAAAAUUCAGGAUAAAGAGGGAAUCCCUCCGGAUCAGCAGCGUCUCAUCUUUGCCGGGAAGCAGCUAGAGGAUGGGCGCACCCUUUCCGACUACAACAUCCAGAAGGAGUCCACCCUCCAUUUGGUGCUGCGUCUUCGUGGUGGUAUCAUCGAACCAUCCCUCAAGAUCCUCGCAAUGAAGUACAACUGCGACAAGAUGAUCUGCCGCAAGUGCUACGCCCGUCUCCAUCCAAGGGCCACAAAUUGCCGCAAGAAAAAGUGUGGACACACCAAUAAUCUCCGUGCUAAGAAGAAGAUCAAGUAGACGAUUCCCGUGGGAUGCCCAGGAGAGAUCUUCCGGAAGAUUUUGUUUGGGCAACAACAUUUUGGCAUUCAUGUCGAAAUUUUGGCUCUUGUGAAAGAAAAUUCUUGUGGUCAAUAAAUUGACUUUGUCAAAAGAA